AUGACUAAGAGCAAGGCAUUCGUGGUUGGUGGCGGGGGUGAGACCGGACGUGCAAUAGUUGAGGCUCUGUUACAGGAUGCACACUUUGAAGUGACAUGCUCAGUCCGAUCACCAGCUGCUGCCCAUUCAGCUCUGCGAACCUUUCGACAACAACACGGGCUCAAAAUCGUCACUGCAAACCCCUUGAACGAUUCUGUGGAAUACCUUGCGUCUUUGCUGCAAGGUUUCGAUGUAGUCAUUGUGGCUGUGAAUGCCUUUUCACUCUCUGUGCAGAUUCCACUUAUUGAUGCUUCAGUCAAAGCUGGAGUCAAACGUUUUGUUCCCACAAACUGGGGAACACCAUGUCCACGAGGUGGCAUUAUGGAUAUGCGUGAUGAGAAAGAAGAGAUCCAUGACCACAUUUUCCGCCACCGUCUCGGCUUCACGAUCAUCGAUGUUGGCACAUGGUAUCAGGUCAGUUUCCCCCGGGUGCCUAGCGGCCGUCUAGACUACGCUGCAUUUGACCCCUCGAAUGAGAUCUAUGGCGAUGGCGAGACGCCCAACAUGUUGAUCGAUGAGAGAGACGUUGGGCGAAUCACCGCGCAGAUUAUCAAAGAUCCGCGAACUCUGAAUAAGAGGGUAUACUGUUAUGGGCAGAUUCUGAGCCAGAAAGAGGUUGGCACAAUUAUUCGCCAAAAGACGGGUGAAGAAUUAGAUCUGGAGUCGGUCUCGGCUGCCGACAUCUACGAUAGAAUCGCAACCGCACGAAAGGCUUAUGCUGCAGAGCCGCAAGACUGGAUGAAACAGGUCCAAUUAUGUCAGGCUUUGUAUCUGCCCAGCAAGUAUCUACGUGGUGACAACACGCCGGAGUGCUCCGAGUAUCUGGGCUAUAUCAGUGCUCAUGAUUUAUAUCCGGAUUUUCAGUACAAAGCAUUCGAGGACUUCGUGGAUGAGCUUCUCCAAGGAUCUGUCAAGAAGCCAUACACAUAA